UCAUCCUCUUGCCUUCUUGCUUCAAUCAAAACUCGACUACACGAGACGACAGCAGAUCAUUGACUCUUAAUUCACAAAUCUUUGUUGCAAACAUGCUCUACUCUUCCAUCUUCCUCGCCGCAUCGGCCCUCUCUGGCCUUGCCGUUGCUCAGGUCCAGUCCGGCAACUACACCAUCGACCCUAACUCGGUCGAGGCCACCACCAGAGCUGCUUGGUGCCGCUCCGAGUUCAACACCUGCAACACUCUGUGUGCUAACUCCUACAAGUCCAACUCUUGUGACCAGAAUGCUCUGACCUACGUCUGCACUUGCAACAACGGACAGUCGCCCGACAUGUCCAAGUACGACGGUUCUCUCAGCACCUUCAUCUGCAACGAGUACAAGGGCCAAUGUCUUGCAACCAACGCCGGAAACUCCACUGCUCAGGACCAGUGCUCAGAUAUCACCUGUGGUGGUGAAACCGCCGCCAGCAUUGUCACCUCCUCUGCCGCUUCCUCGUCCAGCUCUGCUGCUGCCUCGAGUGGCUCCAGCGCUGCCGCCAGCGCUACCAGCGCCGUGGCCAGUGGUGCCUCGUCUGCCUCCGCCAGUGCUGCUUCUGCCAGCUCUACCGGUGCCGCCAGCGCUAUUACCGUCGGCAACGGUGCUCUUGUUGCUUCUCUGUUCGGUCUCUUCGCCUACGUCCUGUAAAUGGAGUCAGAAGACUAUCUUGACGUGGACUGUUUAAUACAGAGGGACAUUAUUGGAAGAAGUAAUCACGGCACAUUAUACGAAUGGUACCGGUCAUGAGAGCAGGCGUUUUUAUUCACCACAUUACCAGCGACGGAGUUGUUCUUUUUGGGUCGAAAAGGGCUUUCUAUUCUACGCAUCCAUAGCGAUGCCUUUUGUUUCUCAGUAGUUAAUGACUCAAUGGA